AUGUACUAUCAGCCAGGUGAUCUUACCGUGGGUGGCAUUGUCACAUUAGCUGCUUUCCUACAUGCUACUAUAGAGUUCACCAAAGUCCCACCACCACCAUUGCCUGAAGAGCUUGUAUUAGUUCCUAAACAUUACCAAAAUAUUGUGGCCCAGGCAUUUGCCAUCGAGGAAAUCAAUAAAAACUCAGAGACAUUAUCCAAUGUCACCCUUGGCUUCAACAUCUAUGACAGUUAUACCAAUGCACAGAAAACAUACCAUUCAACAAUGUUACUGAUUUACAACAGGAAAAACCCUUUUCUCAAUUACAUCUGUGGUAUCCAGAAUCAUCUGACCUCAGUGAUUGGUGGACUAGACUCCAAAACUUCCAUUGUCAUUGCAAAUCUCUUGGAUAUCUAUAAGAUCCCACAGCUCACCUAUGGCUCUAGCCCCAUCAUGAAUUAUAAAACACCAGGCCUUUUUUUCUUCCAGAUGAGCCCCCUGGAAAGACUUCAAUAUCAAGGGAUUCUGUCUUUGCUUCUCCAUUUCAGGUGGACAUGGAUUGGCAUAGUUGUAACAGCCAAUGAUAAUGGAGAUAGGGUUAUAGAAAAGAUUGUUCCAUUAUUGUACCAAAACAACAUCUGUGUUUCAUAUAUAGAGAAAAUUAGUGAAUUAACAACUCCUAAUGAAAUUUAUGACUUGUUCAAUGAAGGGGCAGAAACACGUGAUAAAAUUAUGGAUAGCAAUGCUAAUGUUGUGAUAUUUUAUGGAGAAUCUGAUACUAUGGUAAGGCUGAGAUGGCUAUCAUAUUUAUCACGAAAAAACAUGCCAGAUACUGUCAAAGGUAAAGUGUGGAUAUUAACAGCACAAAUGGAGCUGAACUCACAUGUAUAUCAGAGAAAUUGGGAUACUGACAUAAUGAAUGGUGCUCUGUCUUUCACAAUUCAUGCCAAUGAUCCACCUGGAUUCCAGUCAUUUACUGAAAGUAGAAAUCCUUCCAUGAGAGAAGAUGGAUUUAUCAAGGAUUUUUGGGGACAAUCCUUUGCUUGUGCAUUUAAAACUUCAAAUGUAGAUGAGGUAGCUGGUGAUAUUUGCACAGGAGAAGAGAAACUGGAAGAUCUUCCCAUAACUUUUUUUGAAAAGAGAAUGACUGGUCACAGCUACAGUAUUUAUAAUUCUGUCUAUGCAGUAGCACAUGCAUUGCGUGCCCUGAUUUCAUCCAGAUCUGCUCAAUGGUCAGUGGCAAAUAAUGGGAGGUUGAAGCUUCAAAAUCAAGAUUCAUGGCAGCUGCACUCCUUUUUAAAAGGUCUGUCAUUUAAUAACAGUGCUGGAGAUCUGGUUUCCAUUGACUACAAUGGAGAAUUACUAGCUGGAUACGAUAUACUGAAUUGGAUUGUUUAUUCUAAUGACUCCUUCCAUAGAGUUAAAGUUGGGAGGUCCCAGCCUGUUUCUAUAUGCACUGGGAAUUGCCAACCUGGUUCCAGCAAGAAAAUAAAGGAAGGGCAGCCCUUUUGUUGCUAUGACUGCAUUCCAUGCCCAGAUGGGAAGGUUUCAGAAAAGGAGGAUACAAAUGAUUGUUACUUGUGUCCAGAAGGAAACUAUCCAAGCAACAAUCAGGAUUCCUGUAUUCCUAAAACUUUGACAUUUCUGUCUUACGAGGAGCCUUUGGGAAUCAGUUUAGUUUUCUUUGUUCUUUUGUUUUCUUUGCUCUCAGUGAUGGUCUUUGUAAUAUUGGUGAAGAACCACAACACACCUAUCAUCAUUGCCAAUAACCGAGACCUCACCUACAUUCUCCUCCUCUCCCUCCUGCUCUGCUUCCUUUCUGCAUUCCUAUUCAUUGGUCAUCCAGAGAAGAUGGUAUGUCUCCUGCAACAACAGACUUUUGGGGUUGUCUUUGCAGUGGCGGUUUCUUCAGUAUUAGCAAAAACCAUCACAGUGAUUCUAGCUUUCCAGGCCACUAAGCCAGGAUCCAGGAUGAGAAUGUUUGUGGGAAAGAGACUGUCCAACUCCAUUGUCAUUUCCUGUUCUCUUAUUCAAACAGGUAUUUGCAUAGCAUGGCUAACAACUUCUCCUCCAUUCCCAGACCAAGAUAUGGAUUCAGUAGUUGAAGAAAUUAUUGUGCAGUGCAACCAAGGCUCUGUGACUAUGUUCUACAGUGUCCUAAGCUAUUUGGGCUUCUUGGCUGUUAUUAGUUUCAUAGUUGCCUUCAUGGCCAGGAAAUUACCUGAUACUUUCAAUGAAGCCAAGUUCAUCACUUUCAGCAUGUUGGUCUUUUGCAGUGUCUGGAUAUCCUUUGUCCCAACCUAUUUGAGCACUAAAGGAAAAUACAUAGUAGCAGUGGAGAUAUUUUCCAUCCUGGUCUCUAGUGCUGGUUUGCUGGGCUGCAUCUUUCUUCCCAAAUGUUAUAUAAUUGUUUUAAGGCCUGACUUGAAUACCAAACAACACCUAAUGGGGAGGAAAAAAUGA